CACACACACACACGCGCGCCACGCACACACACACACACACACACACUCUCUCUCUUUCUUUCUCUCUGUCUCUCUCUUUCUCUCUCUGUUUAUGAUGAGGUUGAGAAUGAAUGCGGAGAAGUGGGAAGAUCGAAUGAGAACUUGAGAUCGGAUUUUGGUCAAUUUUGGUCCUAGGUUAGGGAUGAAGAUGUUAUAACUUGUGAGACGUGAAUAUACAUAAGUGUUGGCGAAAAUAGAGAAAGACCAAGCUUGAUAUAUACAUAUAUUUAGAUGUACAUGCUGUAGUGCAGCAUAAAUAAAAUUUCAAUAGAAUCUUGAAAAAACUGAAAAAAUACAAAAACGUAAAUAUGUCAGAUCCAGAACUUGAAGCGAUACGACAGCAACGUUUGGCUCAAUUACAAGCUCAAUACAAGGGUAACAAUGCCAAUGAUAAACAAGCAAUGGAAGAAAGAAUGCAACAAAUGGAAGAGAUGAAGCAUGUAAUAUUAACCCAAGUGUUAGAUCAGUCAGCUAGGGCAAGAUUGAAUACGCUUCGCCUUGGAAAACCUGAAAAGGGCAAAAUGGUAGAAGAAAUGCUUUUAAACAUGGCACAACGUGGACAACUACCUGGCAAACUUGGAGAGAAGGAACUAAUCAACUUGUUGGAAAAUGUGAAUCAACAGACGCAAAAGAAGACAGUAGUCAAAUUUGAUAGGCGAAGAGCAGCUAUGGAUUUUGAUGACGAUAUGGACUUGUAGCAAUGUACAGAUUUUAUAUUCAGGAUUGUUUAAAUUAGAGACAUUGCUCAUAAUUUAUAUUUGUAAUAAGUUACAGAAAUUUUAAUUCAUUACUUUUUGCUUAGUCAUUUUUAUGCUGUAUUGAAAUAAAAAAAUUACUAAUAUCAAUCAAGCAAAUUUUGAUAUAGUAGAGUACGAAGAUUGAUCAGCAUAAUCACUUACUUUUAAAUAUUAAAUAUAUCUGUAAUAAUAACAGUUAGUAACUUAAAUGAAAUGUAGGUUUCCGAAAUGGAUUAUUAUUCACCUCAUACUCCUUGAUUUAUAAUUUUUCAUUUUUCAAUCUAUUAUGAGAAUCAAGAUUUAUAUAAUAAGAAUCAAUCAUUUUUACACAUGUCACUUCUUUGUGAUAGUAGUAAUAAUAAUAAUAUAUCUGGAGAAAUAUUUACUCUUUAAGUUUUUUUUUAUACAUAUAAAUACAUUCGGCAAACAUACAAUUAUUUUCAUCCUAAAAAAAGAAAUCGCAAUCACACUUGCAGUCUACACGAUACAACAAUACCGCACAACUUACGUAAUGCUAAAUAUUAUUUUAUCCGUACAUAUACAAAAACCAAUGUUUAAUUUAAUGUUCAAUACGAUAUUACAAACUAUGUAAACAAUCAUGUUUAAUAUACAAAUUUUUCUUAUAUAUUA